AUGACAGCAGCAGCGAGCAAGAACGGCGCUGCAGCAGCGACAAGUGCAGCUACGGCUGCGGCUACAGUGGCGGCAUGCGUAGCUGUAAUGUGCGCUGUGGGAUACAGGCCUCUGUGUCGCGUGCUGUCAUGGAUGUUUCCGGCUGAGUCCUGGGGGCCCGGCAAGGGAGUGGAGCUGGCAGUGCGUUUUCAGUGGCAUAUAAUGCUUACCUGUUUGCUAUACCUUCCUGCAGUAUAUAUAGUGCGUAUGUUUAUGUCUGUGCGACCUGCGUACUCGCUGAGAGGCAUCGCCUUUACUUGGAAUUUAGUGCUUUCUUUGCUGUCAUUCCUUGGGUUUAUGACGGUGUUGAUCCAGCAGCCGUCGCUGCUCACUGUGCCUGUACACCCGGAACGUCUGUUUACUCCUCCUGUACGUGUUGUAGUGGCUCUUUUUACUUUGACCAAGGCAGUGGAGUUCGGGGAUACGUUCAUCCUCGUACUGAAAAAGAAACCCCUCUCUUUCUUGCACCUCUACCACCACCUCACCGUCACGCUUUACUGCUGGUCUGCCCAGCGCACCAAUGUGGACUUUGCCCACGGGUUUGUUGUUAUGAACUUGGGGGUGCACUCUCUGAUGUACCUCUACUACUGCUUGACUUGCUGCGUAUCUGCAGCACGACCUAGCAGCUCCAAGGGGGCCAAAGAUGCCAGCAGCAGCAUCAGCACCCGCAGCACCAGCCGGAGCCUGCUGCAACAGGUGCUGAGGCAAUCACGCCCAGCAAUAACUCUUAUGCAGAUAGCUCAGAUGCUAGUGGGGAUGUAUUUGGCAACGAAGGGAGCCCUCUGCCUCCAUGAUCAGCAGCAGGUACUCAACGCACAGAUCGCACUGGCUAUGUACACAUCGUACGCCGUACUGUUCUUGAGGCUCUACUGCAGCAGCUACCUUCCCCACCUCAGCAGCAACCGAGUCUUGCUGCUCUUCCUCUUGCAUGCGCUCGCGGCAGCAGGCGUCUACCGGUUGUCUUGCGCCCCAGACAAACUCCAUCUUAUCGCACAUUGUACUGUGGCUGCUGGCUCCUCGCUCCUGCUGGCCUCUAUCUGUAACGGCAGCAAAACCAACGAGAAAAACGCAAACAACAGCGGCAGCAUUUGGCUGUCGCUGCUGCUCGUCUUCAGCCUGCCCUGCGGGUUGGCGGUGGCGGCGAAGCAACAAGAAGACGAACAGGCGGAGUGCGAAGCAGCUAAGACAACAGCUGCAGCAACAGCGGCAACACAGGGGGCCGCGGAAGUGUUCGCCUGUGGCGAGGGGUUCCCUGAGCGUUGCCCCUCACUCACUUCGACCUCAGCAGAAACAGCAACUCUUUCCUCUUGUUACAGCAGCUCGGAUGACCUAGGUGCAGCAGCACCAAAGUGUUCCGCUGCAACAGCACCCGCAGCAGCGUCAAGGGGAGUGAUUCCGUCGGGAGUUGAAAAGAGAAAAACAGCAUCUGUGCGCGUGCGGCCUCGGGGUGAAGGCGCAAUGAGGCAGCUAACUUACAAGACAGCUUCCAUCAAUUUGUCAGGGUGGCAGCUGGUUGCUGCUGUUGCCGGUGCUGCCGCACCUGUGGUAUAUGGGCAGUUCAUCAGCGGCCAGUGGUCUGUGGGUUUGUGUGUGUUUGGAGGACUGCGUUGGGCCCUCGAGCUACAGGCAGCCCACCACUUGCGCCUGACUGCCUAG